GAUUACAAGAAGGUGCCUAUACUAACAGUUGAUGGAGAAACAGAUGGUUGAUUAUUAAGAUGUAAUUAACAAGCUGUUCCAAGGGAUUCAUCAUGAUAAUUUUAUCCCAAGCAGUGACAAAGAAAGCAAGAGGCGUGGGCUAUUUCAGCUUCACAGAGAGGUUGGUAGUGAAGUAUGCUGGAGCUGCAGCAAUGUACUUUGUGUCAAAGAAACUGAAGAAGAGACAUGAUAUCACUGAUGAACGUGCAGCCUUGUAUGAUGAUGCAGAAACAUGGGUGGAUGCCUAUGGUCAAGAAUAUCCAGGUGACACAAAACCUAAUUUAGCUGAUCUUGCCGUCUUUGGCAUUCUAAGGCCCAUUGGGUAUCUGAAGUCUGGUAAAGAUAUGGUGGAGCACACGCUCAUUGGUGAAUGUUACUCUCAGAUGGAACUGGCACUGGGAGAGCCUACCAGAGUUUAAGGCGUGAAACAGUAUGAAGAUUUUAUUGCUUGAUUCAAAAUUGAAAUGUGAUACACCUUGAGAUAUGUGGAAUUUUAAUUAGAUGGACCACCCAUCAAAUUUUCAUAAAGUAAAUUACAUAAAGAAUUGAUUUUUGACUAGGAAAAGGAACUGCUGAUCUCAAGAUUCAAGCCUAGUUAUGUUUCAUGGUUGAGAAUAAUUUUAUGAUUCUUGAACACUGAUCUUGCUGGUUCUUUUCAUCUGGUUUUAUCUAUUGUGAUUCUUUUCCCUCUCUUUAUUUUGGAGUAAAAAAAUGUGUAAUUUUGAUGUAGGAGUGUUUAUACCUAGACUAGGAAACAAUGAAACAACAUGGGCAAAUUAUCCAUGCACAUCGUUAUGCAUAUGCUGAAAGUGGUAGAUUGUAAUGUUGCUAACCUUAUAGGUUUUAUACCAUGCAGUUGGAUGGGUUUGCUAAGCA